AUGGCUCUAACAGCAGAAAAACUCAUCAACGAUGAAAGGUUUUGUGGGGACAAUCCCAUUCAAUUUCUGUUAUAUCUGCCGUUUGGAUUGAUAUUAAUGGCAUUAAGAAUAGUUUUAGCCUGUAUAUUAUGGAUUGCUUCAUUUAUUUUGCCAGACAAAUUUGCUGCUAGGCAAUUGAUAUCAACACUGGCAUGUUUGACUUUUGGAGUUUACAUAAAGGAAAAAGGUAACAAAGAUCCAAAGUGCAGUGUGUUUGUAGCUAACUAUGUGUCAUGUUUGGAUUCACUUGCCGCUAGCCGAGCUCUUGGAAGUAUAACUUUAAGAAAAUGGAAAGUGCCACCAUUUUUUGCCUCAACUCUUGGUAUAAAGAAUGUUGCUUUGUUUGUUAGGAAGCAACAUUUUGCUGAGAGUCCCGAUAAACCAGUGCUAUUGCAGCCAGAAGGUGGACCUACGAAUGGCAAAGGACUGCUAAAGUUUACAGAUUGUUCCUUCCCGUUGCCCAAUAUUGUGCAGCCUAUUGCUAUCAGUGUAGAGCGUCCAUUCACAACAGUAACAGUCCACCGUCACUCAGAAGCAGGUCGUCGUUUCCCCUGGCGGGAUCUACUCUGGUUCCUCUGUUCCCCUUACUCUGUGUUCUCUGUGAGAGCCUUACCUCCCCUGGAGAGGGAUGGAGAUAAUGACCAAGUUUUUGGAGAACGGAUCAGACAAGCGAUUGCUGAAUCACUUCAGGUGGAAGCAACAGAAUUGAACAGCGAGGAUAUAAGGCGCCUGGUCUUGCCUCGCGCGAGAGCCUCUUCCAGAGCUCAGCCGUCGGCCCCCGUCAACGAGCGGACCCGCUUGGCCAGGCAGGUCAAGGAAGUCCUGCCGAAUGUGCCCUUGCAGGAUAUUAUGAAGGACCUUGCAAAAACCCGUAGUGUCGACGUGACGAUAACAAACUUCCUCGAAGGCCUAACGCCCUAUACCCCAGAGCCGGGGCCAGAACCCCAGCCUUCUACUUCCGCUCCAAGCCCGAAAUAUGUGACCCCGUGCCCCACGGGGGUCUUCCCUAAGACGGCCAAGGAAAGGCAAAUGAGCUUCCAAGAGAGAAAAGCGCAGAUGAUUGCGGAAGCGAGACAGAAAUACAUCGAAAAACAUCGUAUCGCCGUUAGCUGCUAA